AGAGUACAUGGGACAUGGCACAGGGGCACCCUCUCCCGCGAGCAAUAGUAAUAGUAGAGUAAUAGACUUUCACUCCAUUUGACUCACUCACGCGGGGGCAUUAUUCGUGCGAUUGCAAACGUAAACGCGGACCGCCCGCAACCCGCCCGUGUCAGUGCCAGUGCAGUGGAAAACGCAUUCAGUGAUACCUUUAGUUUGUGCGGUCAUCCCUUUUCGCCAUGUGGAAACUGGCGAUCGUGUUGUGGGCAGGAGUGGCGUGGCGGGUGCAAGGGGCGCGGGGGUUGGAGUACGACGAGUAUUCGGGGGCGCCGAAAGGGGCGCCGCAAAAAGUGCCGCUCAUCCUCAUGCACAAACAGGCGCUGAGCAACAACGGGGACUUCAACUUCGCCUUCGCCUCGGACAACGGGCUCAAACAGGGCGAGAAGAUCCACCCGGACGGGAGCCGGACCGGCGCCUACUCCUACGUCGACCCCAACGGCAAAACCAUCAGCGUCAAGUACUCGGCCGGCAAGGACGGCUUCCGGAUAUUGGAGGGCGAUCAUGUCCCCAAAGCCAUUCAGGUGACGUCAGCCCUGCCAUCAAGUCCAUACCACUCAGCGGAGGAAGGUCACGGAGGUCAGCGAUCGGCGUCCUUCGUCGCCCGACCCAACUUCCCGUUCGCGAGCAGCUCGAACCUGGACAGCGGGGAGCUGUACCCGCGCCCCUUGGCCGGAGGGGCGCCUCCCCCGUCCGCGCCCCUGACCGUCUUCCGGGCGGCGCAGCCCCAACACCGCGCCCCCUACAAGAUCUACGAGGACUCCAGCCAGGAGCUGCCCUCGACGGGAGGGGCGCAUGUCGCCGGGCUUGGCGUCGUCGGCGGAGUUCCUGGAGGGGCGGCACAGUUCCGCGAGCAGGCUGAGAGCGACGAGGAUGUCCACAAGGGGCCCCAUUCCUUCGGGUCAGGAUAUGCGUUCGAAUUCAGCGCUGCUGGAAAGAACCCCCAGGUUGACUACGCUAAGUAAAGCGAGGGCGAGCGGAAGCAGUGGAAGUAGCAAGUUCAGCAAGCAAGAAGAAGUAUCGAUUGGACUGCAUUUUGCAAGUCUAAGAAUCUAGAAGCCUAAAAUAAGCACAUUGUACUUAAGCUAUGAAAAGAUAUGGGGGUUGUAACAGAUUCCACCAUGGCUGAAAUUCAGCAGUACAAAUAUUUUUAGAUAUGAAUUCUUACGAGUGCUUUAAAUGAUUUGCUACAGUAAAUCUCACGAAAUAUAAAAGAAAAAACUCUG